CAGCACGGAACAAUGAGCAGGGUCAUGUUUUGACAAAUUACUUUAGCAUUAUUAACUGCACCCCAGACACACGCUGACUAAGUCUGAACUUCUAUUGAUGGGGAAACACUUGACUUCAGUACUCUCAUUCUGAAGAUUUCACUCAAUCUGAUGCCUCAUUUGCUUUCGAGCUGGCGAUCAUGUCGCAGGUGUCGCUUUGGCUGCUUCUUUUCAUCACCCUGUCAUUUCCAACUUGUGAGGCCAAUUCUCAGGGUCACCAUGAAGAUAACAAGGAGAAAUCAAAGUCUGAAAGCGUGUCUGACCUUAUAAAGCAAACCGGCUGUCAACCCCGUGAAACUUUGGUCAAGGUACAUGAAGAAUUUCCACAGGAGCUCCAGUACACCAUUAUGCCUAGAUGUGUUCCAGUGAAACGGUGUUCAGGCUGCUGUACAGAUGAGGCGACGAUGUGUAUUCCUGAAGAAAGCAAGACGGUCGAGUUCCGGGUUCUCCGUAUUUACUCCGACAAACCAAAAGAACCAAUCGUGUUGCCAUUUGUAAUGCACACUAGUUGCAACUGCAGUCCCAGAAGGAAACGCUUGCAUUAGACUGUCUUCAUUGAAUAAUGCAUAAUUUAAUCAUUUUUAACUUGUAUUUUUGUUACAUUCAUAGUAUUAUUUGUUUAUUAUUUGUAUUAUUAUUUAAAUAAUUUUAUUUUGUGCUUUCAAAUAAAAAAAAACAACUUAUUGAUAUAAUGGAACAUAAUGAAAUAAUCAUCAUAAUAAAAAUGGCAUAAACAGUUGUGUGAACUCGGUGUGUAAUGAACCUAUACGCUUCUAUA